UCCCCCUCCAACACCACUAGUUAACUUUUCCUCAACACCAACACCACCAACACCACCUUAGUACUUUGCCUUUUUUAUUCUUCUAAUCCUUAUUCUUAUCAUUCCUCUUAUUAUUCUUUUAUUAUUCAUCUUGCUAACCAUGCAUUUCCGUAUGAAGACCAUCGCGCGCAAGGUGUGCUUAGCCCUGCGGCAGGCCGCUACUACUCCUGCCACAGCAACACCUGUCGCGUCGACUACCUCAACCGCUGCAUUGACCAUCGCAUCAACCACCACAUCGACUGUGUCACGCACAACCAACGUGCUUCGCCGGGCCUGCCGCGCCGCGUUUAAGUCCAAGUUCAAGGCCGACAACGACAAUAACAACAACAAAUCCUCUCGUACAAUCUACGAGCUCCAAUGCGCCCUUGCGGAAGAGCGCGCCGCCCGCUAUGUGGCUGAGGCCACCCUGGAUGAGGCUGAGGGCGCACUUUCCGAGCUGAGAAUGGAAUAUGCGAGCCAAUACGCGGCCUGCUUUGUGGCCGAAAGCAACCGCGCAGAGACGGAUGCUGUAAACUCAGCUCUCCGCGCUGAUGUCGAUGCGCUUCACGCGCAGCUAGAUGCUUUUCGCCGCGAGACCGCUGGCAUCUGCCGCGAUACCUGGGCAAGACUCGAGGAGCUGGAGGCUUUCCGCGCCCAGGAGGAGGCCGGCCGAGUUGCAACUGAGUCUGCCUGCGCCAGCAUGGGCGUCGCGGUGGCAAAUCUGGAGGCUGCUCUGAGCGCCGCCGAUGCCGCGCAUACCGAGUCAAUGACCGCUUUUGCUGAGGCUGAGCGCGAGGCCAAGCGCGAGGCCGAGGCUGCUCGCAGCGAGACACUUGAGCUCCACGCAAAGCUUGCAGAUACAAGCCGCGCUGCCAGCCAGCUUGCAGCCAAGAGCGCACUUGACCAGCAGCACCAGCUGGCCGACGCCAACAGGCAGUUGGACGCUGCCAAGCAGACAAACGAGCUGCUUCAAGAUCAGGUGCAGGAGCUGCAGCGCGGCGCCAAGAAGCACGUUCUGGAUCUCGAUGAAAUCCACAGCGAGCUUCUGUGCCUGAGGAAGGCAGUGGCAAACUACCGCGUGGCCGCGGCUGGUGGCCACCAGAUGUGCAUCUACUGCACUGCUACGCUCGGCGCUGCCACUGCGAGCGAGCUGGCCAGGCGCUGAAUCGACGCAGCCGCGCACUUUUAUUUCUUUUUCUCUUCUUUCUCUUCUUUUUCUUCUUUUUCCCAUUUUCUCAUUUUUCUCUUUCGUUUCUAAAAAUUCAAAUGAAACUUGAAUAA